AUGCCUUUAAAUCACGAUUCGAGGAGAGAUUCCUUCCGUAACAAAGCAAAGAUGAUUCUCAACAAGAUAGAUCACUUCAGUGGACGUUCUUCGACUUGUUACGCGGUAGUUGCGGCGAUAAAAAUUGUCGCCUUAUUGUUCGUGAUUAUUGUUGCAGUAGAGUGCGUAUUUUAUUUCCGAUUUUGCUUCUGGUUUUUGUGUGGACUAUCGAUUUCCCUUGCUCGUUUCACUUUUAAAAUAACAGUGAAAAGCGCAAUGUUCGUCUUCUACUACGGCUUGAAAAUCUUUAUGGGAUCGAUGAAAGUUGUCAUAUAUUGCCUUAAGUCCAUUACGCUAUUUGCUUUAUAUAGCGUGUUUACUGUUUUGCGUUGCCUAGUUGCCUACCCUUCAGACUGGGCCUUAAAUUUGAGGAUUGAUUUGAGAAGUUUUUUGCAACUGUGUUGUUUGUAUAGCAUUAUGAAAAUGGUCUUCCACUGGAACAAACAUGGGGCAAGAAAUUUUUGUGACAGGGUUUCUAGCGCCGUUAAAGAGGCCAAAGAACACUUCGAUUCUACGUUUACCGUUUGCAGUUACCACCUAAGAAUCUUUCAAGACAAACUGGAUCGUUUGAGCAGACAUUCGUCCGCUGGUUACGUGGCAGCUGUGUUCAUAAAGAUUUGUGUCAUGUUUGUGGUGGCGGCCAUUGUUUGCAAGUGCGUCUGGGUAACGAUUGGAAAUUUAUUCAUUAUAUGCACCUGCCUCUUCUGUUCAGCUGUGAUGUUCAUCUUUGGAGACAUAAGGCAAAUCCUGAAGAAUCCAGGUGCUUUGUUCCAGAAUAAACCGAUUUCCUUCGGCAACAUUUUUAAGGGAUUGAGCGACGGUAGGAUAUACAACUGACUGCCAGUUGAUUGUUUAGGAGUGACAGACCACCUGACCGCACUAACAUCUUGACUGACUCACUCAAUGACGGUCUAAGCGACCAAUCGACUAACUGCAUGACCGACCUACUAACUGGUGGACUUUGUGGGUAAGUGACUGGCAGACAAGCCACCAGUCGACUGAAUGACUUAAUGAUUGGUUUGCUGAUCCACUCAUUGAGAGACUGAACGACUGACUGUCUGACUGUGCUAGUAAACUGACUAACACAAUGAGAGACUGACUGAAUACUUUUCCACUUGACAAGUGUCUAACUAACGGAAACCUCGAUAAGGAUUCUUUAAAGAGCUUAUCACCUUCAUUUCCUUCAAUUUUUGUUCAACUUUUUUUAUUUCCUUCAUUUUCCACAUUCCCGUCGUUAUUGUACGGUGCGAUAGAGAUUAGUUGCGGAAGGCAUUGUCACUAGCUCAGGGGUUAUCACACGGAUCCCCAGAUCAAGGGAUUCUAGGAUGAGUAUCAAAAAAGUUCUAAUUGCUAAAUGUUAUUUGAUCUCUCUUUGAAAUUAUUACCCACGCAGAAGUUGUGACCUCUUUUCAAACCCUUUUCUUUGCAGCUGGUGGUGAGUCCUUUCCUUACUUUUGGCAGUUCAAAGUAGAAGAUUCCUAUUUGUGGAAGAACUUUGGCCCUUCUGACGAUGUGGCUUUGGAAAAGCUCUAUUGUGACGUGAAUAAUCUGCAAGUUACAUUGAACCUUACCGAUACUGCGUUGAGGUAAGUCACUGAGGUUAGACAGAAAGGGCAAGAAUAAGAAUCUCACUGUUUAUAAUGAGAUAACAGUUUUGAGUUGAGCUGUGGCGAAUGCAAGUAUUGCGAUAACAGGAUUCCGCAUGUAUCAUUUAUCAGCAUGCAACAAUGAUAAUUGGUGAACGUUGAUAUUGAACGGCUUUGAAAUGUUAGUAUUCAACCAUGAAAAAGUCAAAAUUUUGAACAAAAAUUAUUUCAGUCGGGUUCUAAACUUAAUAAGGUUUGAUCUUGUACUCUGAUAUUCCAGGUAAGAGUAGUUCCUGAGAAGGACUGCCCUUAGAAGUGACAAAUGUUUCAAAAACCUGAGCGCUUAAAGCGGUUCCUUGACUCUCAUAAUGUUCUUCCUAGAGUAGUUAGGUGAAGACUUCCACCAAGUUGUCCAAAUUUUAUUAGCUACAAAUGACAACAGUCCUCUUUAGGAUUACUCUGCAGCGGAUAAUCAGAAGAUACAUACGAAUUUUUUCUUAGGGGUCAAACCAUUUAUUUAUAGGAGGUUCACCAAAGUAAUAGAAAGAUUAUGCAAGAGCUCAUUUCUAGAAACGUAUUUCAACACCAUGAUGUUUGAUAGAAUAUGACUUGUAUUUAUUUACUUGCGUGGAAAUAUUUCGGCUAAAUCGCUCAGCCCUCAUCAGUUUGUUGAAGUGUUAGUGGUCCUACAACUUUGAACUACGUAACCAGUUGCUCAAAGUGACGCCAUACUGCUCAAUGUUGUGAAAUCACAGACUCUCCAACAGAUUAAAGAGCGAUUCAGCCGAAAUAUUCCAACGAAAUUCAAUAAGUUCCAGUUAGCUUUUUUUGUAUCUCAUGUCUUCGCUGCGUGAAAGUAACAUGUUUGUUUCUUUUUCAACGCUGUUUCACCUCGAGGCCCAAGCAAAUUAUUUUUCAUUAUCUUUAUCAUAAUUUGAAACUAUCGCUCUAUUGUCGUUGGAGUAAUACCGUUAUUUCUUCUUCUUUCUAGUGCGUCAUCAUCACAGGUGACAGUUCAUUUCGAGGAGAUGUCCAUGCGCUCGCCCUCCUCUGCCCAGUUCUUGCUCCGUCGAUGCUCAGCACCAUCUUACAUACAGGAGCCAAACAACAAGUCAUCCACACAAUGGGUUUGGUAUUGGGAAGGCAACGAUGGUUGGAAGAAAUACUCUGAAACGAUGGUAAGUAACAGUCGAGCAAAAUAUCCUGUUAUAGUAUUAUUCGAGUGGCUUUACCGUCACUUUGUUUCUCAGUUGGGCCAGGAGGGUUUUUCAGAACAAAAUCUUGUACUUAAAAAUUUGCGAAAGUCUUUGAUUGAUAGGGUCUGAUCGUGUGGUCUGAUCUUCAAGUGGUCUCUGAAAAGGACUGUACAUAAAACAACCAUAGCACUGUGGCCACUGGCUUCUUGCUAAGGGGAUAAAAAUUGGGAUACUGGCUGGGCAACUGACCUCUUGAUAAAGUGUGCUAAUGCAAUUAAUAAGUCAAUAAAUAACAGGGUUAAAUGACAGACAAACAACUGGCUCGUGAAUACAACUUUGGACUCGCGAUAUUUAUGCUUGUGGCAUUAAGUUGUUUGCAAACUGAACCAGAGUCAAGACAGACCUAGAGUUCUUUAUCUACUCUUUUAGCAGUCGUCUGGGACAAAGCAAGAACAGAUAGAGGCUGCCUAUUUAAAUGGAGAAGGCUUCUAUCCCUUUCGAAGUGGUUCUCACAAUUACAUUCUAACAUUCUACGAAAUGCCUAUGCACCAAAUAAAUAUCGACCCAAAGUUCCGGACCAGGCGGUUCGUAAGAAGAAGACCUGUGUUUGUUUCAAAACCAGCUUAUCGCGCCACAAAGAGGUAAGUGAACGUGGAUUGUGCUGUUGCUAUUAUCACUUACUAAUACAUAUGCAAUUAGAGAUGGAGGGACUCGCUUGGCUCAAUUAACUUGAAGCGUUGCAGUCAUGAUUGUAAUAUGAUGUGAGGGUUUUGGGAUUCGUUGUGUGGUGAGGUCAUCACCAUCAGGUAUGAGCCUGCAUACCAGUUAAACAUCACGAUUUGAUGUUUCCUAAAGGAAUACACCUGCGUCCUCUCGUCUCAAUCUUAAGCGUAUGGCCUUUCGUGUUCCUUUAAUAUGUUCCAUUUUUAUUACACUUCUAGUUAUCUGAGAGGCAAGGCUAAAGAUUUUGAACGGACUCGUUUAAAAGAGAACUGCGAAAAAUACCGAACUGCGAGUCAACGUUUUCACGAAACAUUACCAGAAGACCAGGCCUCCAUAGUGAUGGUGGAAGAAAUUUGGAACGAAGAGUUAUAUGAGAGAUACGAAAGGUGAACUUAUAAAACGGUUAAUAUUGUAUAUAGAGAGGGAUAAGUAUGUGCAGAACUUACAAAGGACGACUGCACAUCAUAUAUCUGAAGCUGACUUCACAAUGAUUUAGUUUUUUGUCAUGUUUUAAUUAGAUCUAAGUGAAGUCUGGUCCCUUCAAAUCGGAGCUUUACAAAAACUCAAAAAAAAAGAAGAAAAUGGAAAAAAAGCUUAGGGGUGGAAAAUAAUUUUUUUUUUAAAAUAAGUGACGUCAAAAAGCCGUGUGAUCUUUUUCACACUGCCCUGCAAGGCAUUCUUCAUAAUGUAUACCUUGGACCGCGGAAGGGCUUUUUGAACAUUUCACUCUUUUAAUGAUUACAAGUAAAAUUGCCGCAAAACGAAAGCACAUUGAUUGCAUGGACAAAUUUCUUGUUUUAGAUUUCGGAGCCAAGGCUCAGUUUUCUAAUUUUCCUAAUUAUUUUAUACGGGGCUCAAGAAAUUAAACAGACCACUUUUAUCUGUUGCCGAUGAUGAUCCGGUAUAAGACAGCGAACGAUGAAGAUGACCUUAUGUAAUUAUAGUUUUCUCAAAUGAGUAUAUGAUCUGUGCUGUUUGAGCGCACGCCUAGGAAUUAAAUAGCCCCUCAACCUUUUCCAUUGUAAACGUUCAUUGAUUAACCCUGCUUUAAACAUUUCUUCAUCUAGUAAGCGGAAAAGAAUCAAAAGGAAACUGAAAGCAAAAAGGGACGAUCAGGUAGAAAAAUUGCUAUUCCAUGGUACUUCAUCAGAUGUCGUUGAUGCCAUCUGCAAGCAGAACUUUGAUCACAGAAUGCGAGGAAAGAAUGCGACAAUUUAUGGAGAGGGGAGCUAUUUUGCUGUAGACGCUUCCUUCAGUAAUCAGUACAGCGGUCCAGGUGGAGAUAAGACGAGAUUCAUGUUCUUAGUAAGAGUUUUGACGGGGGAAUCUAAGCUUGGAAUGCCAAAUUUUCGUCGACCACCUCUGAAAGAUCCAAGCGAUCCUGCCAGCGAUUUGUACGAUUCAUGCGUCGACGACGAAAAUCAACCAAAGAUCUUUGUCAUAUUUAAUGACGAACAAUGCUAUCCUUCUUAUCUAAUUCACUAUCAGCUGCUAUAGUUUUUGGUAACAAAGUCAAAACAUUAGAGCUUCAUUACUACACAUCUUAUUUAGAAGCAGUUCAAAAGCUUCAUUAUUACACAUCUUAUUGAGAAGCGCUAUAAGAGCUUCAUUACCACACAUCUUAUUUAGAAGCAUUACAAGAGCUUCAUUACUACACAUCUUAUUUAGAAGCAUUAUUAGAGAUUCAUUACUACACAUCUUAUUUAGAAGCAUUAUACGAGCUUUAUUACUACACAUCUUAUUUAGAAGCAUUAUUAGAGCUUCAUUACUACACAUCUUAUUUAGAAGCAUUAUUAGAGAUUCAUUACUACACAUCUUAUUUGGAGGCAUUGUAAGAGCUUCAUUACUACACAUCUUAUUUAAAAGCAUUAUUAGAGCUUCAUUACCACACAUCUUAUUUAGAAGCAUUACAAGAGCUUCAUUACUACACAUCUUAUUUAGAAGCAUUACAAGAGCUUCAUCAUUACACAUCUUAUUGAGAAGCGCUAUAAGAGCUUUAUUACCACACAUCUUAUUUAGAAGCAUUACAAGAGAUUCAUUACUACACAUCUUAUUUAGAAGCAUUAUAAGAGAUUCAUUACUACAUAUCUUAUUUAGAAGCAUUGUAAGAGCUUCAUUACUACACAUCUUAUUUAGAAGCAUUAUUAGAGAUUCAUUACUACACAUCUUAUUUAGAAGCAUUAUUAGAGAUUCAUUACUACACAUCUUAUUUGGAGGCAUUGUAAGAGCUUCAUUACUACACAUCUUAUUUAGAAGCAUUGUAAGAGCUUCAUUACUUUGGUGUUGGGAUUAUGAAUGGGAAUAACAUAUUGAUACAAACUAUUCAGUUAAAGAACAUAUUUUAAGCAUUUGAUAAUUUCUUAUUUCAAUUAUUAGCAUUAUUAGAGAUUCAUUACUACACAUCUUAUUUAGAAGCAUUAUACGAGCUUUAUUACUACACAUCUUAUUUAGAAGCAUUAUUAGAGCUUCAUUACUACACAUCUUAUUUAGAAGCAUUAUUAGAGAUUCAUUACUACACAUCUUAUUUGGAGGCAUUGUAAGAGCUUCAUUACUACACAUCUUAUUUAAAAGCAUUAUUAGAGCUUCAUUACCACACAUCUUAUUUAGAAGCAUUACAAGAGCUUCAUUACUACACAUCUUAUUUAGAAGCAUUACAAGAGCUUCAUUAUUACACAUCUUAUUGAGAAGCGCUAUAAGAGCUUUAUUACCACACAUCUUAUUUAGAAGCAUUACAAGAGAUUCAUUACUACACAUCUUAUUUAGAAGCAUUAUAAGAGAUUCAUUACUACAUAUCUUAUUUAGAAGCAUUGUAAGAGCUUCAUUACUACACAUCUUAUUUAGAAGCAUUAUUAGAGAUUCAUUACUACACAUCUUAUUUAGAAGCAUUAUUAGAGAUUCAUUACUACACAUCUUAUUUGGAGGCAUUGUAAGAGCUUCAUUACUACACAUCUUAUUUAGAAGCAUUGUAAGAGCUUCAUUACUUUGGUGUUGGGAUUAUGAAUGGGAAUAACAUAUUGAUACAAACUAUUCAGUUAAAGAACAUAUUUUAAGCAUUUGAUAAUUUCUUAUUUCAAUGAUGGUUUUACUGUGUAAGUAGAGUAACUGUUACCUUUUCUUUCUGAGAGAAACUAGCCAUUUAAGUCUACAAAAGCUUGUGCUAAGCUGUUAGUGAUUGACGCAUAUUAGCCAAUCGCGAGUUCGACAUGAAAGCGGAUGUACAAUUCUACGGUAAUUAAAACUCGGCGUGAGGUAUUUCAAUUAUCUUGUGGUAAGAUAUACUUUAAUCAAGAUAAUUUGGUUGAUGAACAAGAGAGUUCCUGGAAAUUGCUACUUCUUAUACUUUUGGUUCUUUUCAGGCGUGUUUUUUAGGCCAAUUUCAUGUCGAUUCCUCGAUCAAGAAAGUAGGUCUUAAUUAUUAAUUUAGCGCGUACAACACCUCUUUCUAUAAGGAAACUAAUGUAAUUGUACCUUUCAUCUUACGUACUAAAUUUAUAAUCAGUUGACUUACAUGAACGGCAAACAGUUCUCUUAGAGGGGUACUUAGGGUACGCCCUUUCUCCCUCUAAUUCACCGUUUAUUCUAUUGUUAGGCAACAAGCUUCUAUUUACAUGUACAGAUCAAUAGUGCUUUACACUGAAUAAAAAUUAAAAACCUUAUAUAUCUAAAUAAAAUUUACAAUAGUAAUGGUAGCUAAAAAUAUAAAAGAAUAAAUUAUUUUAAUGUAAUAUAUCUGAGUUAAUGAUUACUAAAAGCUUCAUUAAACAGAAACGUUUUAAUAGCUUUUUUAAAUUUAUCCAAACACUUAAUCAUUCUAAUUUCAUAAGGAAGUCUGUUCCAUAAGUAUGGUGCUGCUGCCUGAAAAGACCGAGUUCCAAAUGUCUUCAGCAUCUUACCCUUAGGGGGCUCUAAGUAAAGACCGUCAUUAGAUCGAAGACAAUAAGAAGAUUUUGAUUUAA